GAAGAAGAUGACAUAACCACAAUAAUGACAUCCAUCCCGAUAGCUGUUCGUAGUUCUUCUGGAAUUGAGCUCCUGCUUGGACCACCUAAUUAUGGAUAUGAACAGGAAUUCACAACUGUCCAAACCAAAUCAUGUCGGACCAUGCUUUUCAGUCCUGAUGGCCAAUACUUGGCCUAUGUGAUUGAGCAGACGUUGAAAGUCUUACGAACAGAUACUUGGGUGGAUGUAGCAGUGAUAAACAAUGUCAAAGCAUACCACUUGGCUUUUUCACCUAAAGGCUCAUUUCUUAUGAGUUGGGAGCCUUUCACAGUAAACAAUGCUAAUCCUCAGGGUAGCCCAAACUUGAAGAUUUACAAAUCUGAAAAUGGAGAGCUUGUGAAGACCUUUGUUCACAAGAAACAAGGAAACUGGGAACCACAGUGGAGUGCAGAUGAAAAACUAUUUUCAAGAGUAGUAAAUGUUGAUGUAGUAUUUUAUGAGGAUCUCAAUUUUGAGAGAAUUGUUGCCAGAAUAAAUUGCUAUAAGGUUGCCUCAUAUAAAUUGUCACCAAAUUUAGGUACUUACUUCCUAUUGUGUCAUACUCCAGGCAGUCCAGGACAGCCAUCAUUUGGAAGGUUAUUCAAAUAUCCCAGUUUUGAAGCCACCCAAGCCUUAGCUAACAAAAGUUUCUUUCAAGCAGAUAAAGUAGAUUUCAUUUGGAACUCAAAAGGCAAUAAUGCUCUUUUGAUGACUUCAACUGAAGUUGAUAAAACAGGUGGUUCAUAUUAUGGUAAACAAGGUUUAUAUUUCAUUGGAUUGAAUGGUCAAACUGCUAUGGUGACUCUGAGUAAAGAAGGCCCCAUAUACAGUGUUGAAUGGUCCCCAAAAAACCAUGAAUUUUGUGUAGUGUAUGGAUUCAUGCCAGCAAAAGCCACUAUUUUCAAUUUGAAAUGUGAACCUGUUUUUGAGUUGGGAACUGGUGCAAAAAAUUCCAUCUACUACAAUCCUCAUGGAAAUAUACUCCUCUUGGCUGGGUUUGGUAAUUUACGUGGACAAAUUGAUGUUUGGGAUGCAGUGAGCAAAAAAAAAGUUGCUAAUUGUGAUGCACCAGAUACCACUCUCUUACAUUGGGCAGCAGAUGGUGAACACUUUUUGACAGCUACUACUGCUCCUAGAUUGAGGAUUGGAAAUGGAUACAAGAUAUGGCAUUAUUCUGGAUCACUCCUAUUUGAGAGACCCUCAAAACAAGAGGAACUGUAUGACGUUCAAUGGAAAAACUAUCCAAAAUUCACCUACCAAGAACCUACUAUUAAAACUGAAAAAGUAGAAGGCAUUGCUCCCAGUCAACCCCAGGCCUCUACGCAAGCAUAUAGGCCUCCGUCGGCAAGAAAUCGACCAGAAAAAAAGUUCAGUUUGUAUGAUGAUGAUGAUUCAAAUCAACAAACAGGUAAGGAAUCCACUCCUUCAAAGAUUGCCCUUAAACAAAAGAAAAAACGAGAAGCAAAAAAAGCUAAAAAACUUGAAGAUGUGAAUGAAGGUGAAUCUAAAGAACCACCAGUUGUAAGUUCCAUCAAGAUUGAAUUGACUGGGGAUCCUGAAUUAGAUAGAAAGAUGAAGGCUAUCAAAAAGAAACUUGAUGCUAUAGAAAAACUCAAGCAUCAACAAGCACAAGGAAAAUCUUUAGAAGUCAAUCAGAUUGAGAAAAUUAAGGGGGAAGCAGAUUUGUUACAGGAAUUGGAGAAUCUAAAAGUGUGAUUUUGUCUUGAACAUUAUUUUGAUUUUAUCUAUAAAAAUAUCCAUUUAUCAGUCAUUUUUUAUUUAUGUGAUCUCCCUGUUCUCAAAUUGAGUUAUCUCUAUAACAGUUCUACUUUUAUAAUGAAUUAUACAUAUGUUAUGGAAGAAAUGUCUCAUAUAAAGAAAAACCAACAUGAAAAUAAAUUUAAUGAUAACAGCUAUAGUACAUAAAAACAAAACAACUACAUUAUCAACUAAUAGUACAUUGGAAAUAUCUAAAAUAGAUUUAUAAAAAUAUGAAAUAGUACUUUGUACACAAUAUAUAGAAUUAAUCUAUCAUUAUAUUUAUUCCUAUAUAAUUUUUGUUCAGUCACCAUGAAAAGCCAUUCAUGUUGAGUCAUUAUUUGACUUUCAAAUUCAGCAUAACCAAAUACAAUGUUUUUACAGGUUGAAAUUAUUCAAAAUAGAUUACCCGAUUUUCUUCCAAUGUACAGAGCAGAAAGCAUUCAUAUUUGCUUUACUGAAUCAUGUUUGGAAUUCAUAGAGACUCAAUGAUGCCCAAUAAUAAAGUACAUAACAAACAAAGCUU